GCAGUGAAGGGUUUAACAAAGCCACAAGUGAGAGGCUUCGAUGAACUUGUGAAGAGGCAGGUGAUGUCACGUGUUAAGCCGGAGAGCUUGAGCCUUGUGGAGGGAGAUGCGCUAAACCAGAAAGGUGAUAGUUCAAUAUCAGAAAGUGAGGUUCGAAACCUCCAGAUCACCUUCAACCUAAGCACCUCCAUCCUCUAUACCCACAUUUCUUCAUUCCGAACUGCUGGCGAGCUUUGAAUCAUCGUCUAGGAGCCUGUCCUCGUUUCUAUUUUGAGAAUUAUCACCACCAUCUCAGAAGGGGCCAUGUCUGCGCCAGGCGGGGCCCCCAGCCCAGCACCUCGAAGUGCCAAUAUUGCAGGUGGCGGUUCAAUGCCCAUGCAACAACAGCAACCCAUGGCUUCAACAACGCCUGUUGGGGCUCCUCCACAGGGAACGCACCAGCCACCUCAAAGCAGCGCAAUGUCGCAGCAGAAUCUUAAUCAAAUAGUCAUCGACUAUCUUGCAAAGAAAGGCUACAGUCGAACUGAAGCUAUGCUGCGCAUGGAAUCAGCAAACCAGGAGAUUGAUGGUCGCCCCUUGCCACCACUUGGAGAGGAAGCUAGACCCAAAUACAGACUUGGCUUUGAUCUAUUGAAAGUCUGGGUGGAGGACAACCUGGACCUUUACAAGCCGGAACUCAGACGAGUCCUGUGGCCGCUUUUUGUCUACUCAUUCCUCAACAUGGCUACUUCGUUCUACAUGCACGAUGCCAAACAGUUUUUUGAGACAAACAAAAACCUCUUUCUUCCAGAACACACAGACGACGUCCGCGCCCUCGAGCCUAUCAGCCUCCCGGAGCAUGUCCAGGAUAAUUCUGUCGCCAAAUUGUACCGAGGCAACAAAUAUCGUAUCGUUCUCAGUAAUCCUGCUUUCUCUAAUCUGAUACAAUUCUUGGAAAACAAGCAGAAGGAGGGAGGGUCAGUCAUGUCCGCUAUUUUAAGCAGUUUUUGCACGGUUAUCACGAAAGAGCGUGCCGUGGAUGAUAGAUUUAGCUUUGCUGCUAUGCUUGGACAGGCUGGGUCGGAUCAGUUCUUGCCUGCUGAAGACGAGGGUAUUCCUGGACAUCACCCUGGCUCCGCCUACACUGGUGAUAAUCCCGCCAUGGCUGGUACUUUACCCAGACUAAAGCUUGGCAAGCUUGCUAUGGAACCAACCCUCGAGAGUGAUGUGAGGGGCGAGCUUGCCGAAAGCGAUGAGAAGGAACCCCCCGCGCUUGGUCGUAAUACUCUCGUCCAAGAAUUCGAACAGAUGAUCAAGAAAGAAGAGGAUGAGGAGGGUCCCUCGCGCGCAGAUAUACCUUACCCACCGGCAACUGCGCGAGAUUUAGCUAUGGAAGUUCAAAAGGUGAAAGAAAACCGUGACAGAUUCCGCAUCGAAGGCCGCACUGGUGGUGUUGGUCCUGCUGUGAGCGUUUGCAUGUUCACCUUCCAUAAUACAUAUGAUGGUGUCAACUGUCUUGACUUUUCUGAUGAUAAUAUGCUAGUUGCUGCUGGUAUGCAGGAAUCAUAUAUUCGCGUGUGGAGUGUCGAUGGCAAGAAGAUUCCUUCGACAUAUGAUAAUGUGGAUGGUAAACAGCAGCAGCCAUCAAACUCCCAUCGGCUCAUCGGACACUCAGGGCCUGUCUACGCGGUGGCAUUUGCCCCCUCCACUACGCGCACGGAUGAUUCUAUCGCACCCACAAAUGCCCGUUGGCUCCUCUCAUCUUCUGCGGACAAAACCAUUAGACUCUGGUCUCUUGAUUUGUGGCAGUGUAUGGUCGUGUAUAAAGGCCACGAUCACCCUGUCUGGGAUUUGAAAUGGGGUCCGUAUGGCCAUUACUUUGUUUCUGGCGGUCAUGACAAGACUGCUCGCCUCUGGGUAACGGAUCAUAUUCGCCAACAGCGAAUUUUUGUCGGACAUGACCAAGAUGUUGACUGUGUCUGCUUCCAUCCUAAUUCAGCCUAUAUCUUCACCGGAAGUUCAGAUCACACUGUUAGAAUGUGGGCCGUGACAACGGGCAAUGCUGUGCGCAUGUUCACUGGACAUACUGGAAAUAUCACUGCACUUUCGUGUAGCCGGAAUGGAAAGAUCUUGGCGUCGGCUGAUGACCAAGGAUCGAUCAUCCUUUGGGACUUGGCCCCCGGGAGACUCCUCAAACGCAUGCGUGGCCACGGGAAGGGUGGUAUCUGGUCGCUCAGCUGGAGUGUGGAAUCAAAUGUGUUGGUAUCUGGCGGUGCCGAUGGAACGGUUCGCGUGUGGGACGUUUCAGGCCCUGCCCAGGAUCCUGCCCAGGGCCGAGUCGUCGGUGAAGGCGGAGCCGGAACCAAGAUCGAUGCUGGAAACCCCGGGGCCGCGAGCGCACAAACCUCGACUUCAGGAAUCGGCAAGAAGAAGGGGAAAGACGUGGUUGUGAGUCCCGACCAGAUCAGUGCCUUUCCCACCAAGAAGAGCCCCGUCUACAAGGUCAAAUUCACCAAUAUGAACCUCAUUAUCGCCGGAGGCGCUUACCUUCCUUGAACUGCCCUCUUAUCUCCUCCUUCUCUGCUCCUUCACGCUGAAGCAAUGAUUGUACUACUGCCUGAAGUGUAGGACGAGAUACCCACAGUUUUCAGCUGAUGUUUUUAUCUAAUUAUCUUCCUUUUUUUUUUUCGCCGUUUCACUUAUUGCACUAGCGAAUAUCUCUGCAAUCAUGGCGGUAAUGUCGAUCUUCUGACGGCGUCUGGGGCACGGAUCGGAUCUAUAUCAUUAUCG